ACAACCAGCUACCAGUUCACUUAGAAUUUUUGAAACACCAUGAAGUUCACCUACAUUUUGUCCCUUUUGGUUUUGUGCCUAACUUUAUACUUCACUUUCGCCAAUGCUGCAAAUUUCAACAUCACAAACAAAUGUACCUACACAGUUUGGGCAGCUGCUUCCACAGGUGAUGGCAGGCAACUCGACCGAGGCCAAUCAUGGUCCCUAGAUGUGGCUCCUGGCACCACCAAAGCUCGCAUUUGGGGCCGAACCAAUUGCAAAUUUGAUGCCAAUGGCCAGGGCCAAUGUCAAACAGGUGACUGCAACAAGCGCCUCAAAUGCCAAGGCUAUGGAAAUCCACCAAAUACGCUAGCUGAAUUUGCCCUAAACCAGCCUAACAACUUAGACUACAUCGACAUCUCCAACGUUGAUGGAUUCAACAUCCCAAUGGAGUUCAGCUCUGUAACUCCGUGCCGCGUUAUCAAAUGUUCGAAACCUAUUGUUGAUCAAUGCCCAGCUCAGCUAAGAACUCCAGGUGGAUGCAACAACCCCUGCACUGUUUUUAAAAGAAAUGAGUACUGCUGCACCAAUGGCCCAGGAAGCUGUGGCCCGACCGACUUCUCCAGGUUCUUUAAGAGCAGGUGCCCUGAUGCUUAUAGCUAUCCUCAAGAUGAUCGCACAAGCUUGUUUGCUUGCCCAAGUGGUACAAAUUAUAGGGUUGUCUUCUCUGCAAAUUUCAACAUUGUAAACCAAUGUACCUACACAGUUUGGGCAGCUGCUUCCCCAGGCGGUGGCAGGAGGCUCGACCGAGGCCAAUCAUGGUCCCUAAACGUGGCUCCUGGCACCACCCAAGCUCGCAUUUGGGGCCGAACCAAUUGCAACUUUGAUGCCAAUGGCCAAGGCCACUGUCAAACAGGUGACUGCAACGGGCGCCUCGAGUGCCAAGGCUAUGGAAGUCCACCGAAUACGCUAGCUGAGUUCGCCCUAAACCAGCCUAACAACUUAGACUACAUCGACAUUUCCAACGUUGAUGGAUUUAACAUCCCAUUGGAGUUCAGCUCCGUUACCAAUUGCCGUGACAUCAGAUGUUCAGCUCCUAUUGUUGAUCAAUGCCCAGCUCAGCUAAGAACUCCAGGUGGAUGCAACAAUCCCUGCACUGUUUUUCACACAAAUGAGUACUGUUGCACCGAUGGCCCAGGAAGCUGUCACCCGACCGACUUCUCCAGGUUCUUCAAGGACAGGUGCCCUGAUGCUUAUAGCUAUCCUCAAGAUGAUCCCACAAGCUUGUUUACUUGCCCAAGUGGUACAAAUUAUAGGGUUGUCUUCUGCCCUUAAAGAAAUCCAGAUAUUUAAGAAAAGUAGAUUAUGAAGAAAUAAACGCAUAUGAGACCCUUCUUGUAAUGGUUCACUGAAAUUGGAAUAAAUUUGAGCACAUAUAGCAUUGUGCGGUUUGUCUUCGUUAUCA